AUGGAAAAGGCUCGUGCAAGCGGAGAGAUUGACAUGACAGAGAUGACAGUGACCAUGAAAUCUGUCUACACCUUCUCGGAAGCUGGGUUGGUUGAGCCCAUUCACAUCGUUGACCUUAUGAACGUGAAAAAGGAGCUGGAGUUUUUCCUCAUGAAGCGUGCAAUGUCCGAGUGGGGAUCGGCCUUGGAACAUGUGACCUUGAACUAUGCUAAGAGCAUGGUGAUGUGUAAGCGGAGAUCUCCAUUUGAAGAUUCCAGCAAACACCGAAUCUAUGUCUUUGGGCAGAUCAGCAUGGAAGCAAGCAACAAGACCAUCAAGGUGGCCAGCCUCAAGCAUGUCAAUGGGCCGUGCGGCAUCAGCUUCUACUGUGGGCCCAAUGGGUAUGACAGGAUGACAUCCCAGAUUCCUUGCGCAGCGUGGCUGAUGAAAGUCGUCGGCAGCCAUGAUGAUGAUUCCGACGAUGAAGCAUCCACCAGCACUAUGGUGAAAUCCACUGAGAAAGCCACUUUGAAGGUGGCGUCCUUGUGGGCGGCUCAGUUUCCUCAGGUUCAAAAUACAGAGUGA